CACAGUUGCACCGAGUAUACUGCGCUGUCGAAAAGUCCGGACUGUCCGAAAACGAUAACUUCUCCGAUCGAAGCUCGUGCGCGUGUAUCGCAGCCGUUCGAAGAUAAAAGUUGUAAAUUCGUCGCCCUUUCAGCGAUAUUCUAUUCGACGAUAGUGCGUAGUGCAUUGAACGUUCCCAUUUCAACGAAGAAAACGCAUCGUACGGAUAAGCCCCCCGCGCGCGCGCCCGACAAACAGCCAACUUCAGGCUUCAUCGGGCAGGUCGGACAUCUUUUUUCAUACCACACAUACAUACACACGGCUUGGUUCGCGUACGGAGGCGCAACAGAUUAUCCUACGAGUGGAGUGUUGCAGCAGCGACUCCAUUUUUCACGCAGCGUACUAACGAAAUUCGGGAUACCGUUGCGAAGGCGCGCAGUGGUCGACGGCGCAUAGUGCAUGUACACAUUAUACACAUAAACAUUGAAUCGAACACCGACUGUGUGCGGCGCUGUGCGCUGCAGCACCACAAGUAACUGAAGUAACGGAUCCGGCCACCACUCGAGCCACUGUGCACAGUGCGCUGCGCGAGAGAGAAACAGCAGAGUCGCGAAACGCGCACAGUAGUCGGUCGAGCGACUGUAUAAUACCAUAACAGUGAGAGCAGCUCUCGCGGCCGCGUUGUGUUGUGUUGUGUCGUCGUUGGCGCGCGCGUGUAAAUACUACACAUUAUAUUUCGAUCAGACAUUUUGAAGUUUCGAGAGUGAGCGGAGAGCUUCGUACAGAACGAUCGAAAUCAUGCCGACGGACAGUGCCAAGCUGUACUCGAUGCGCGCGGAGGAGCUGCAGGCCGAGUUUCGCGACCUGUCCAAGGCCCUCGAGGCGUCGCACGAGAACCAGCGCAUGCUCUAUCAGGCCAUCGCGGAGAAUCGCAACGAGAGGCGCAUGCUGUUCGAAAAUCGCGUGAGCCUCGCGGACGGCGGCACGCCACCGCUGCUGCGCGAGCUCAAGCGGGAACGCCUAGGUGGCGCCACCACCCUCACGGUCGUCGAUUCGCAGCAGCAGCAGCAGCAGCAGACAUCCGCGGCCACCAGCUCGACGACGACGAUGACUCGAGUGGCGCCGGGUGGCGGCGGCGGCCUCAUCGUAAAGUCGGCGUCGGGCGCGCAGCACACCAUCAGGCACAGCGCUCCGCUGCCGACGACGACCUUGACGACCGCCGGUGGCGUUACCACAGUCGCUAAUGCAGCUGGCGGCGGCGCCUCGUACAGACUGCAGCAGAUCAAUCCGCAGCAGAUCAGAAGCAAAGUCGUGUAUCUGAGCAACAACGGCCAGGAGAUCGUCAAGGCAGAUUCCUCUCCCGCGGCCCAGAAGAACAUCAUCUACAAUAUCAAGCGCAAGGCCGACGACGGUUUAGAGGUCGGUAAUCCAAUUUUUUCCCUAGAUUCCAAGCAGCAGAUGAAUCCGGUCUACAUUACCAAGCUGCCGGCUACCAAGACCCUAAAACUCUGUCCGAUCGAGAUCGGCUCCAAGGACUAUCGCAUCGUUUCCGAGACGAACGCGUUGCCGGCGAUAACGCAGAAGCCGAAAGUCGUGCAGACCGUGGCCAAGGUGGUGAAGCAGACGCCGCCCGUCGUCGCCACGACCCCGCAAUUCAGCAAGGUCGUCACUCGAACCGUCGCGAAAAUCGACCGGAGAAAGUUGAAACAAGCGGCGACGAGUAGCAGCCCCGCUAAUGCGACGACGACGACGACGACGACGGCCACGCUACCCACGAACAAAGUAUUCGUAAAGAUGGAAUACGACGAUGAUUUGGACAUGGACAUUGUGGAGGAGCCGAUCCCCGCGCCGACAAAGCCCACCACCAAGAGCUCGACGGAGAAGUCUACGUCGGAGGAAGAACCCAAAGACGCUGCAACCGCUGCCGCUGCAACUGACACGGCAAAAGAAGGGAAAAGUGAUACCAAUACUAAUACCAAUACUAAAACUAGCAAAAAGGCGGCGGCGGCGGCGGCUGCGGCGGAAGCUGCAGCAGCCGAGCCGGAAAAGGCCGAGAAGUCCAAAGCACCGGAAAAGAAGAUCGGUAUCUGGAGAAAAAGAUGCACUAGAAGGACAUAGUAUAGUUAUUUAGUACGAUAAUAUAAUAAUGUUGCAUACUUUUAAUCGAACAGAGGAAAGAAAGAAAAAAGUAUUCCGUGCCUGAUGUAUAUUGUUUAUUUACGUUUACUCGCACAGCAGCUGAACACGCUUUAAAUAUUUAGAGAAUAAUUUUAUUCGCUUGGUAAUCGGACGAGACGCUGCCGCCACCGCCUGUUCUGUGCUAAAUUAGCACGAGAGUAUUAUUUAUGAAUGAAAAAAAUAAUUGGUAAAACCAGAAUGGUUGAUGAAAAAAAAAAGAAAUGUACAAAUUACAUUGUAAAAUUUAUUAUUUAAUUUUUGUAUCACUAUAUUAAUGAAAAAAAAUCUAGAUAAUUUGUAAUGGAUUGUAUAUUGACAGAAUGAACAAAUCAUGAUUAUUAAUAUUAAAAUAAACAACAUUUUUGUUUAA